AUGGAUCCUCAUGAUUUACGUGCUGCUAUAUUGAAAAUUCAAGAUCACCUUAGCGACAAUGAUCGAAAACGGUUACAUUUCUUCUUGGGCCCUGAUGUUCCACGACGAAUUCGCGAUGAUCCAACACUGGUUGGUACUAUUAAUCUAAUGGAAUCUCUUCUUGAUCAAGAUAAAAUCAACGAACAAGAUGUUAGUUUGCUUAUAAAUGCUUUCGAAAAAACCCAAUGUAUCGAUGCGAUGAAAAUAUUAAAAGAACAUAUGAAAAAAAUACAGAAAGAUGGACAUACUCAAUCUAUGCAAAAUCUCGCAUUACUUCUUCUGCACGACCAAGAGGACACAUGUAUUGUAACAAACUUGGACUCAAGUAAAACAACCAAAUCAACAGAUAAAAGUCUUCGAAGUAUGGAAAAUCUAGCAACUGUGUCUGUUAGCAAGCGUCUCAAAAACCUCCCGAGGAAGACAAUGAAAUUUUUGUUAUUGUUGUCCGUACUUUUGAACAUUGUGCUGAUCAUAAUUCUGGGCAUUUGUAUCAAGAAUGUCCUAGAACUAAGAAACGGAUCAAAGCAAAAGAAUUUUACUUCUUCUCCUCCACAAAUAUCAUUCCCGCGGACUCCAACAAAUCAUUGUCUAGAAAUUCACAAGCCACCACAUAAAAUGCCAGAUGUAGUUUGGAUGAAUGCUCGAGAUGGUGAAGUCCCACCGUUCUCUGUUGCUGGUGGUCGAAGUGGUAAUCGAAGUAUAUACAUAGCACGUGUUGAAUGGCGCGAUUGUACCAUUCCAGCUCAGCUUGUUGCUGGUGACAAAUUGGCCGAGUUCGAAUAUUGGGGUCCCAAAAAUUCGCCCGCGUAUCAGAUUCUGACGAAUCCAAAUUCAAAGUUGAAGUUCGAGUGGAUGUCACUCUGUGGUUCAAGAUUACCAGCAUGUGCAUUAUUAGCAGGCAAAGAAGGAACACUCGAUCUGUACAUUGGCCGAACUUGUCAUCGGUUUGAUACGACUGUUGUUGGUAAAUAUAGUGCCCCGGAUGGUCCAUUUUACUACGCAUAUCAAGAACACGGACAAGAAGUGCAGGAGAAUGUCGAAAUACUUUGCCUUCUUUAA